GGGCAAUCGUGCCAACAUAGGCAAUUCAUUAUGCAGAUUUGCUAUGCGGGUUGCCGAAGUAGGUCAAUCAAACUGUCAAAUGAAUCGCAACAUUUUCAAAAUUGGACGAAAAUCACAACGUAAACAGCAGGAUGGCUAGCAACAUCCCCGAUUUGUUCUACUCCUGCGAGAUCUGCGGCCUGGAGGGCUUGAGUGAAGACGAGUUCCGGACGCACACACGCACUGCCCACGUCGACGGCAAUGCCGUGUGCCCCUUUUGCGAGUUAUCGGCCGUCUCGCCCGCUGAACUCAUCCUUCACGUCAACCAGGCCCACUUGGACUACCUCACCCCCGAAUCCGAGUCCAACAUGACCUUCAUCGACGACGUCAGCCCCAGCGAGUACAACGGUAUUAAUGGGGAAAGUAGUGAUAAUUGGAACAUUCCGUCUUUGCCCAGCCAUAAUAAAACCAACAUUAACAACAUCAACCUGUCCCCGAAAGUUAACGGGGGCGGCGAACUCAGUCCGAAAAAUUCCACCCACGGUCAGGGCUCCCCCUUGCGAUCCAGUCUCGCCUUGAAGUUGAAGAGUGCGGCCCCCAGAAUGCAGUGCCCCAUGUGCAAUUAUACGAGCAACAGUCCAAACGAGCUCGAGGAGCACGUCAACAGGCGGCAUUUUGACGUGACGUCGCCUUCGAUGGGGGGCACCACCAGCGAGAUAUACUCGUGUCCCUUAUGCGUGAAGUCGUUCAAUUCGGCCCCCGACUUGGAGCUCCAUGUCAACAUCGAGCACCGUGACGUGCUGUCGCCUGCCAGUCCCCCAACACAUUCGUGUCCCGUCUGCGGUAUGAAUCUAGACAACGCAAGCAAUAGUGAGAGCGCUGCUCGUCACGUGGAGAGUCAUUUUCCGGCCACUUCGCCUCAGCCCGCCGACAGAGCAGCGUUGCGUGAAAGGGAGCAGCGGGAAUUCGAAAUGUUGAGGGCGCAGUACGGCAUGGACAACCAGGGAAACUUCAGGGAACAGUCCGUUACGAACAUGCAAAGAGCUGUGUACGCGGGCGAGAUGAGUGUUGCCGAUUAUUAUGAACGUACGUUGGAUUUGAGAGCGGCUGAAAGUUGUGGGAUUGACGAUGGGAGCUCCAUAACCAGGAGUAUUGUGCCUAGAGUUCGAGCCAUUAGCACUACUGCACCUAAUGUGGUCCGAACUUUACUCUGUACCUGCGUUGAUCACUACGCUUCAUCGUAUGGUGAUAGAGGCUGGGGCUGCGGAUACAGGAAUAUGCAGAUGUUGAUAUCAAGUCUGCUUACACACACUGGAUACAACGAACGCUUAUACAAGCUAUGGCAGGGCCAGAAGCCGCCCCGCAGUUCCGUUCCGAGCAUAUCCCGCCUCCAAAGCCUCAUCGAGCAGGCCUGGUCCCAAGGUUUCGACAUUCAGGGUUCGGAGCAAUUAGGUUGCCGUCUUGUUAAUACUCGCAAAUGGAUUGGAGCCACCGAAGUCGUCACACUCUUAUCAUUUCUCCGAAUCAAAUGCCAGCUGGUAGACUUUCAUCGGCCGACAGGCCCCGGCGGCACCCAUCCAGAACUCUUCACCUGGGUGUUGAAAUAUUUCGAAAACAGCGUUGGUGGUGAGUUCGUUCCACCACUGUAUUUACAACAUCAAGGUCACAGCCGGACCAUCAUGGGCAUCGAGGUGCACCGAGACGGCAGCUUGAUCCUUCUAGUGCUAGAUCCGAGCCAUUCCCCCCAACAGAUGGCGCAGUUUGGCGACACGAACAGCUCAGCUGUGGCUUUGCGCCUUUUGAGGAAAAGCGAGGCGGCCAUGAAAGCGCGCCAGUACCAGAUUGUGGCAGUGGUUGGAACUAUCGACUCGGAGCAGCAAUAUCAGCAAAGUAAAAUUCUGAGGGGUACGAGAAUACCGCAGGACCGGUGAGGUUACCCCGUCUCGUGACCUAAAAUUAUGAAUAUCUACUUUUCACCACCUCUGCUGUUCAUAUAUUACUAAAGGGAAUUUUGGAGUGUGCCCUGGCCACGCUGCUAUUUAUUUUUCAAUCAUCAUGGCCUCGAAACGUCAAUAAAGUAGAUAGAAUGAGCUUAGAUUUGAUUUUUAGUUGGGGAAUUUCGUUCCCUUAGAUCGAGUGAUUCUUGAACAAUAUUAAAAAAUUACGACAAAAGUGUUAAUACUGUUACAAAAUAACUAUUUUUGACCAAAAGAUGAAGUAUCAUUUUAGUCAAUUUAUUCAAGUACACUGUUGUAGGAUUUUUGUCCUUAAAACGCUUGUUACUAUUAUUUGUGAUACGAUAUUUAAGUUUUUUAUUUAUUACUAGUCGUAGGUCCAUUUUGUCACUAUUGAAUUUUACCUCUAUUACACGAAUGUACAAAUCGAUUUAAAAAAUCAUGGUUUAUUAAAGAUUCA